AUGGGGACUGUGGAUACCACCGAGCGCCUGUCGCAACUGCGACAGCUCAUGAAGGAGCACAAGGUGGAUGUUUACAUCGUUCCCUCUGAAGAUAGCCACCAGUCCGAGUACAUUGCGCCCUGCGACGGCCGCCGAGAAUUCAUUUCCGGUUUCUCUGGUUCCGCUGGUACUGCAAUUAUCUCCUUGAGCAAAGCUGCCCUCUCCACCGAUGGACGGUACUUCAACCAAGCCGCGAAGCAACUGGAUAGCAAUUGGCACCUUUUGAAGCGGGGCAUUGAGGGCGUCCCCACUUGGCAGGAAUGGACUACGGAGCAGGCUCAGAGUGGCAAGACCGUGGGUGUUGACCCCUCUUUGAUCACGGCCUCUGGCGCACGCAAGCUUGCAGAGACUCUUGAGAAGAAUGGGUCGUCCCUUGUGGGAAUUCAGCAGAAUCUGGUCGAUCUGGUCUGGGGUAAGGACCGUCCCUCCCGGCCUCGUGAGAAGAUUCGCGCGCAUCCGGUCAAGUAUGCUGGCAAGCCGUUCCAGGAGAAGGUGGCGGAGCUGCGCAAGGAACUGGAGACGAAGAAGAAGGCCGGAUUCGUUAUCUCUAUGCUUGAUGAGAUUGCGUGGUUGUUCAACCUUAGAGGAAGCGAUAUCCCCUAUAACCCCGUGUUCUUCUCAUAUGCUAUCAUCACACCAACCACGGCCGAGCUUUAUGUCGAGGCGGACAAGCUCACUCCCGAGGUGACUGCUCAGUUGGGACAAGAUGUGAUUGUUAAGCCAUACGAUUCCAUCUUUGCCGAUGCCAAGGCCCUCAGCACGGCGCGCAGCCAGUCAACUGAGGAAGCACCUAAGAAGUUCUUGCUCUCUAACAAGGCCUCUUGGGCCUUGAGCCUCAACCUUGGUGGAGAGGAGCAGGUUGAGGAGACCCGCAGCCCUAUUGCUGAUGCCAAAGCUGUCAAGAACGAGGCUGAGCUGGAGGGUAUGCGCGCGUGCCACAUUCGCGAUGGCGCCGCCUUGACCAAGUACUUUGCCUGGCUUGAAAAUGAGCUGGUUAACAAGAAGACUGUCCUGGAUGAGGUCGAUGCUGCUGACAAGCUGGAGCAGAUUCGUACCAAUAACGAGCUCUUUGCUGGCCUGUCAUUUGAUACCAUCUCUUCUACCGGUCCCAAUGGCGCGGUGAUUCACUACAAGCCCGAGAAGGGAAGCUGCUCGAUCAUUGACCCCACUGCGAUUUAUCUUUGUGACUCUGGCUGCCAGUACCUGGAUGGAACCACCGAUACCACUCGGACUUUCCACUUUGGCCAGCCUACCGAGUUUGAGAAGCAAGCAUUCACUCUGGUUCUGAAGGGUCUUAUUGGUAUCGACACCGCCGUGUUCCCCAAGGGCACCAGUGGCUUUGCUAUUGAUGUUCUGGCCCGUCAGUUCCUCUGGAAGGAGGGCUUGGACUACCUUCACGGCACUGGUCAUGGAGUUGGCUCCUACCUGAACGUCCACGAGGGCCCCAUGGGCAUCGGUACCCGCGUUCAGUACACCGAGGUUCCCAUUGCUGCCGGAAACGUGAUUUCGGAUGAACCUGGUUACUACGAGGAUGGCAAGUUUGGUAUCCGCAUUGAGAACAUUGUCAUGGCCCGUGAGGUCAACACCCCCCACAAGUUCGGUGACAAGCAGUGGCUCGGCUUCGAGCACGUUACUAUGACUCCCAUUGGUCGUAACCUCAUCGAGCCAUCUCUAUUGACUGAUUUCGAGCUCAAGUGGGUGAACGACUACCACGCCGAGGUCUGGGAUAAGACCCACCACUACUUCACUGAGGAUGAGUUGAGUCGGAAGUGGCUUGAGCGCGAGACCCAGCCCAUCUCUAAGUAA